GCACUGCAUUGGGGACCACUGCCCUGUGGCAUGGCCCAGCUGACCGGGGACAUCCCGGGGGACUUGUCUCUCCCCUCCAGGCUGGCGCCGGAUGCCCGGCUGAACCCACAUCGCAGCGUGCUGGGCACGGGCAACUACGACGUCAACGUCAUCAUGGCCGCGCUGCACAGCCUGGACCUGGCGGCCGUCUGGUGGGACAAGCGCUGGCCCCUGGAGCAGCUGGUGCUGAGCCGGAUCCACGGCUUCAUUGUGAACGUUCCCUCCAACGUAGCACUGGGCUUCGUGACGCUGCCCGUGCGGCGCAAGCACUGGAUUGCCGUGCGCCAGGUGGGGGGCGUCUACUACAACCUGGACUCCAAGCUGAAGGCCCCGGACUGUGUCGGCGGGGAGGGCGAGCUCAGGGCUUUCCUGCAGGGUUUCCUGUCCCAGGGCCCCUGCGAAGUGCUGCUGGUCGUGUCCCGCGCUGUGGAGGAGACUGGCGCCUGGUUGAACCCGGAGUGACGCCACGGAUACCAAAGACCUGGACUGUUUGGGCCAGCCUUUCCCGGCGGCGGGGCCAGGACCCCUGCCCGGAAUCUGCCUUCGUCCCGGACCUGCCUGGCGCUGGCAUCAAAUACCCCCCAACUCCUGGAUAGCGUCCCACCCCGGCUGCUCUGGGCAGCGCCCGGCUUUCGCUUGGGCC